CAUACCUGCUAUAACAGUCGUUUGAACUUAGAUUCAAGGACGCACCUGUCAUAGCAUUCAUUAUUUGCUCUAUAGUUUUUGACGGAAAUGCUAUAGCAGGGUUCUUUUAGUAUGAUUUUGUGACAGCUACACUUUUUCUGUCCAAUCUUACGCAAUUCGAAGCUGUUUAGUGCCCUAUAGCACACAAAAAAUGCGCGAGCAAAAUUACCCUCCCCCGCUAUACCCGCACUUCUCACACACACGCACGCCUUGUAUAGCAGGUGUCAAUGUAUGAAAAUUUGUUCAGUCGCGCGGUAACUGCGCCGAUGUGCAAACGCGUGCGUACGGAGAUUUUUCGCGCACACAAUUCAGUGUUUCGAUAAUCAUGCCUCCAAAAUACAAGAAAAAACGCGACUAUUCUGACAAUGAGAAGCCUGGAUGUAGUGGUGUUUCGGCUAACGUCCCUAGAAUUAGAGAGAAAGUCAAUCCAUUGGAUACUGAUAAAUUACAAAGGCUUUUUGAGGAGGCCUCAUCGUCAUCUCUGAGUGGUUCCAGCGUUCAUGACGUUCUCGAAGAAUCAGAAAGAUCCGCUGACGAGCAAGAUCCACGAUGCGCUAUGAAUAGCGAUGAGUCUGGUUCUCGGGAACAUGAUCCAUAUUCAGAUUCUGCUGGAGAAUAUGGUUCAGACAGUGAAUACAAUCCAGCUGAAGACCAAACAGUGCUAUCCGAUUCUUCUGAUCAUCAGCAAGAUCAUGGUGAUUCUGAUCGUACAGUAAGUGAUAUUCCUAACCAAGAAUUUUCAGACAUGCAAGCAAACUUACGCAUGACCCUAGAUCCAACUUUGAACGAUGACAUCGAUCCCAUGCCACCAAAUUCUACUAGAAGUGUUUUUUAUCGUCACUCACCUAACAGAAAUCAUAUAGUACCAGACGAAACUCUUCCUGCUUCAUCUUCCCAAGUAUGCGUAGAACCAUUGUUAUUGCAACAAAGUGUCGAUGAUAUAAGCCCAAAUAAUAGACAAGACCCACAAGAACAUCACCAGAGUCAUCAGAGCCUUUCGUCACCAACAAUAAAUGUUACGAGUGAUUGGGAAGAGAAUACCGAACCUAAUUUAGAAUUUGAGUUUGAUGUGACCAAUGCAGGAACACAAGUAAACCUAGAUGGGACUACAAAACCCAUACAGGUUCUAGAGUACUUAUUUACCGAUGAAUUGGUUGAUUUGAUUGUAUCCUGCACAAAUGCAUAUGGCGAAGCUUUAUGUUCCUCCAACAGACCACAUACAAGAGGUUCCCGAAUACAAACAUUUAAACCUACAGAUAAAAUAGAAAUGAAAAAGUUCUUGGGAUUGUGCUUAUUACAGGGACACCUUGAAUCUCCAAGUAUAAGAAAAUCUUUCACCAUCACCGAUCCAUUAUAUUAUCAUCCCAUUUUUUCAUACAGCAUGUCAGGCAGGCGGUUUGAGCAACUUUUGCGGUGCUUGUGCAUUUCUGAUUUGGAUUCUAAGGGGAUGGGCAAAGUCAAACACUUUGCGAAUAAAGUGAUAAAUAAUUUUCAAAACUUGAACCAUCCUCACAAAGAACUAUCACUGGAUGAAUCUUUGUUACAGUUCCGGGGACGUUUAUCUUUUCGACAGUACAUCAAGUCGAAAAAAGCAAGAUAUGGCAUAAAAUUCUAUACAUUAACGACUCAUGAUGGUUAUGUCCUGAAUUUCAUCAUUUAUGAAGGAAAAAAUACAGUGGAUGAAGACGGCGAUGGAUCAAAAACUGCAAAACUGGUCGUCAAAUUAAUGGAGCCUUAUUUGGAUAAAGGACAUGAGUUAUAUAUGGAUAAUUUCUACAACAGCGUAGAUUUGUCCAAAAAACUUUUAUUUCACAAAACUCACACGAUAGGUACCUUACGAAAGGACAGGAAAGGAAAUCCGAAGACAAUGUUUGGAAAAAAAAUUAAAAGAGGAGAUCACGUUUGGAGAAGGAAAGGAAAUGUCUAUGUAUCAAUGUGGAAAGAUAAAAGGGUUGUGUAUAUGCUAACAACAAAACACCAACCACGUCUAAUAAUAACUAGAAACAGGUAUGGGCAAGCAAAGAAAAAACCAAUUGAAGUGAGUGAAUAUAACAAAUUUAUGUCUGGCAUUGACAAGUCCGACCAAAUGAUUGCUUAUUAUUCCACUCCAAAAAAGACAAUCAGGUGGUACAAAAAAGUAUUUUUUCAUUUAUUGGACAUGAUGGUGUGGAAUGCGUACUAUAUGUUCAAAAAGUAUUGUAACUCAAACACAACCUUGCUGAGUUUCCGAGAGAGUAUAAUAAAUUCAUACCUACAGGUGACUGAUAACACUCUAAAUGAUAUACAACAAAUGAGACUGGCAAAGACUUCAAGCAGGCGAAAGAAAAAAACUACUGAUAGUCUUCUUCAGACGGUGUCUGAAUCUGGACACUGGCCAGAACUCAUACCACUGGCUGAGAACGCAAAACGCAAUAAAGUUUUCUUGAGAUGCCGAGUUUGCACUAAAAACAAACUAUCAAAGCAAACGAGCUAUCGCUGUAAAGGUUGUAUUGACAAGCCACCUCUUUGUCCAAGUUGCUUUGAAGCAUGGCAUAUGGUUAGGGAUGAAGCUUGAAGAUUUUUUCACUGUUUUGGCAUUCAUCUGAUGUAAACUCUUUUUGAUGUGUUUUUUAUCUCUUUUCUAAGAUUAAUAUUAAAGCUUAAAAUGU